AAAAAGUUGAUGCUCGUGCCACUGACUUUCGCCGUCAGUCGAUUUCAUUUCCUCGACCAGAGGCUUUGGAAGCGCCUGCUCCCCUUUUUUUCUGCGUGCGUCCUGUGCUGUUGCUCUCUUGUCCCGUGCAAUUACGGCUGUCCGAAUCACGAGCUGCUUGGAAUGCGCGGAUGCCGGCCGAGCGAAUUGAAGCCGAGUUAUCGAGCGUUCUGACCAGACAGCGCGAGCCUGUGAGCCUUUUGACGUCUUCGACCACUGGGUCUCUCCGCAAGGACAGCAUAUCAACACACUCAAUUGCCAAUUACGCCUGUAACACUAUUCACAAUGGUUCUCACGCACUCCACCAACCACACCUACUCUCAUCCCUUCCCGACCGUCACCCUCGCCUACUUCCUGCGAUACUCCUCCCCUCAGCUCAACCCUUUCGCCGCUCAUGUCCUGAGCACCGACACAAUCUCCAGCCAUGUCGACCCGAAAACCCAGCGCCUAUACACCACUCGCAUUCACCUGAAGAAGAGCCGCAUGCCUAGCGCAGUGUAUAAGCUGCUUCCUGCUAGCGUCUCAGGUGGCAGCUCUGGUGAAAAGGCCUCGUACAUUCUCGAGACCAGCGUUGUGGACAUCAAGGAAGGAUGGAUGAAGACGGAGAGUCGCAACCUCAACUUCACUGGCGUGCUAUCCGUCGUCGAGAAGCAACACUUCAAAGUGCCGAGCACACCCGAAGCGAUUGCUCGCAACGAGACGGAUGUCAAUUCCAGCGUCAUGUUCAAAUCACGACUCGGAGAGAAAAUCAGAGGAAAGCUUGGCCAAGCCCAAGAGGGGGGCAGUGGCUGGCUACCAGGCUUACUCGGCGGACUCGGUGCAAAGGGCAUUCAACGGAGCAUUGAGAGCCUCGCCUCCACCAAGACCAUCGACCAGCUCAGCAAGAGCCGCGAUGGCAUGCGCCUUGUCCUCGAGCGCCUCCGCAAUGGAGGUGUCAUUGGAGUCAUGGAGAAGCUCCGCCAAGAGCGCCAGAGACAAACCAUGACCAUGUAACAACAUCACAACUGUAACAAGAAGAAAUGAAAAACGAAGCAAAACAAAAAGGAGCGGUGUGCCGGGCUGGAUGAAACCGCCGGAACGGGCUGGAUAUCGCCCACGACGCACAGCAAAGCUUUUAUGAUAACGGAUCUCUCUGUACCCCUACAUUGUAUACUACCACUCGUCUUUUCCUUCUACCCUUAGCAAGGCGCUAUAUGGUUUUUAUUUGAUUUUUUUAUCGGCGUUAUUGGGACCGCAAAAAUGGCUGCGGUGGAGCCAAAGUGCUGGCUUGCCGAGGAAGAAGAGAAAUUUCUUUGCGUCACGAAGUCACGCAUGCGGAAGAAAGUGUGACAUCCCC